AAGUAUAUUAUUAUCUGGAAAACAUAGGCGGUUAGAUCCCCAAACCGCCGAGCCCACUUCUACAUCACCUAAAUUUCUCCUCUGACCACCUGUAUGACUGCCUUGCUGUUGUUGGCGCUGAUUGUUGUGUUCGUUGUGUUGUGUGACGUCGACAGUAUGGAAUACAUGGGUGGUUGGCUUGAUGCUAGAUUCCGCUGGUCUAGCGCUGUGAGUUGCAACGUUCGCGUUGAUUUCUAUCUUGUCCUUCGGAAGUGCAAGCUCCUGCGACGCUUGCGCCGGAGCGGAGGGCAGCGGCCGUUGGUUGACACCCGAUUUCUGAACUGCAGAUUUGUUGCUAGAUUCAGCCGCUUGAUUCUUCUUACAACGUUUGCAUCUCCAGCCAUCGAGGCCGUUGCCACGAUCGCCUGCGUUUUGGAAACGGAUGCGCUGAAUGAGUUCAGCAUCUUCAACGGGAGGGAUGUGGCAUCCUAAGGACAAACAGAACGAUGGCCUCUGUUGCAGCCUCCGCACAGUAAAAGAAAGUUGGAAGGUGCGC